GCACUCCACUGGUCCACACUGGUUUUAGCCAGUGCCCAGGCUGUCAGCAGAGAAGACAAAGGUAGCAUGGCUCCGGGAGAAAAGGCAAGAGAGGAGGGGCCGGCCAAGAGUGCCCUCCGGAAGAUGCGCACAGCCACUCUGGUUAUCAACUUGGCCCGAGGUUGGCAGCAGUGGGCAAAUGAGAACAGCACCAGGCAAGCCCAGGAGCCCACAGGCUGGCUGCCGGGAAAGACCCAGGAUGAACCCCAACCUCCUAGACCAGUGAUACACGCCACUCCCCACCAGCAAGCUCAGAGUGCCCCAAAAUCUCUCUCCUCAAAGAAAGAGGAACAGGGAGAUGGACACAGCUCAGAGGGAGCCACUGAAGUCUCUCCUAUCAAAAGGAAAGAGGUGACCAAAACAGUUGUCAGCAAAGCUUAUGAGCGAGGAGGGGAUAUGAGCCACCUCAGCCACAGAUACGAGAAUGAUGGUGGCAUGCCUGAACCUGGGCAGCCAGAGAAUGACAUUGACAGAAUCCUCCACAGCCAUGGCUCCCCGACGCGGAGGAGGAAAUGUGCCAACCUGGUAUCUGAGCUGACCAAAGGCUGGAAAGAGAUGGAACAGGAUGAGCCCAAGUGGAGGAGUGACAGCAUAGACACAGAGGACAGCGGCUAUGGAGGGGAGACUGACGAGAGGCCGGAGCAGGAUGGAGAACAGGUGGCCACUGUCAGAAUCAAACGCCCCUUGCCCUCCCAGGCAAACAGAUUUAUAGAGAAACUCAGCUGCAAGGCUCAGUGGAAAUACAGCCCAGUGAACAACCUGAAAGGGAGAUGGCAACAGUGGGCUGAUGAACACAUCCAGUCCCAGAAGCUCAAUCCUUUCAGUGAAGAAUUUGAUUAUCAGCUGGCCAUGUCCACCCGCCUACACAAAGGAGAUGAAGGCUAUGGCCGUCCCAAGGAGGGAACCAAAACCGCUGAAAGGGCCAAGCGGGCCGAGGAGCACAUCUAUCGAGAAAUUAUGGACAUGUGCUUCAUUAUCCGCACCAUGGCUCCCCACAGACGAGACGGCAAGAUCCAGGUUACUUUUGGAGAUCUCUUUGACAGAUAUGUUCGUAUUUCAGAUAAAGUAGUAGGCAUUCUCAUGCGUGCCAGGAAACACGGACUGGUGGACUUCGAAGGAGAGAUGCUCUGGCAAGGCCGAGAUGACCAUGUUGUGAUUACUCUACUCAAGUGAGCCUUCAACAACAAAAGCCAGACCUGACCCACUAUUGUCUUAAUGCAAAAUGCUAAUGUAGUAAAAAUUAAAAUGCAAACUUCUCUGUAAUAAGUUAAUAAAUUUUUACAUAAAUGA